AUUCGAAUUGUUUCACUUGGCGCGUCUUCUUCCAAAACAAACUACAGAAUGGCAAAGUCCGCGCAUUUACAUUUGUCACAUUUAUCAUUUCUCCUCUGCGAUUGCACAAAAUUCAACAUUUACCAACAUCGCCUUUUUUCUUCCAACUUAACAACAACAGACUAAGAAAUGUGGGCGAGCAAGCGACCAGGACCUCCGGCAGGCGGGCAUCAGAAGAAGCUGAUCAUCAAAGGACUUAGGUCUGUGCCCACACUGCCUGCCACUUACAAGGCUGACACACUGGCGCGCCUACAGAGUGCAGUGCAGGCCAUCCAAACCAGCCAGUCGACCCCACAGGGGUUUGAAGAGCUGUACCGCGACUGUGAGAGUCUAUGCCUACACAAAUUCGGCAGCGAUAUUUACGCCAUGCUGCAGGGCGAGCUCGACAGGCACGCACAACAGCAGCUCCAGUCAAUAAACGCGCAGCCCGUGGACUCAUCGACAGACACGGCGGUUCUCGAGCAAGUACAAAAGUUCUGGACCGCAUAUAUACAGCAACUGGGCAUGAUCAAGUGCGUUUUUUUGUACCUGGAUCGCACUUACGUGCUGCAAACGGCCAACACCGCGUCGCUGUGGUCUAUGGGACUGAGCGCUGUUCGCCGGUUCUUGAUCGACACGGAUAUGAAGUCCCGGCUGAUACGGCUGAUAAUCGGCGAAAUCACAAAAGAGCGCAAUGGCAAAGCGGUCGACCGCGCGAUGCUUCUCAGUCUGAUCAAUAUGUUUGUCGAGCUUGGGCUAUACCUGCCCUUUUUUAUGCCCAGCUUUAUCGAAGCCACACACGAGUACUACCAAAGGGAAAGCAGGCGGCUGGUGGGCAGCCUGGUCCCGACAACAGUCACACCAAGGGCACAGACAGGGGCGUCUUCCGGCCCCAUGGACGUUCCGCAGUACCUGGUGCAUGUAAAGCACCGUUUGGACGAGGAGUCGCAGCGCGCCAGCAACUACUUGGGUGACGGGUGCAAGACAGCCUUGCUGAGCACAGCACAGGCAGAGCUUGUUGAAAAGCACACCGACCGCCUGCUGUCAUUCAGCUUUGACGCAAUGGCCGAUGCACACAUGCUUGCUGACCUGGCCAACUUGUUCAUGUUAUUGAACGCGGUCAACCGCUUGGACGCACUCAAAAAGCACUGGGCCUCGUAUAUUAAAAAAACCGGCCUGCGCCUGGUGCAGGCACCCGAGCUGGACAUCACGCUGGUAACCGAGCUCCUUGCGCUCAAGCAGCGCCUGGACAUUAUUCUGAGCAAAUCCUUCCGGAACAAUGCCUCGCUCAUGUACACGCUGAGCGAGUCAUUUGGCGAAUUCAUCAAUACGCGCCGCAAUAAGCCCGCACAGCUGGUUGCCAAGUUCAUUGAUCAGUGUUUGCGCUCUGGCAGCAAGAUCACCACCGAUGACGAUCUGGACAAACUGCUCGACCGCGUAUUGGUCUUAUUCCGCUUCAUCCAGGGCAAGGAUAUGUUUGAGGCGUACUACAAGCGUGAUAUGGCCAAGAGGCUGCUCUAUAACAAGAGUGUGUCGGUCGACGCCGAGCGAAUGAUGCUCCAGAGGCUCAAGACAGAGUGCGGUGCAGGGUUUACCAAGCAGCUGGAGGGGAUGUACCGCGAUAUGGAGAUAUCUGACGACAUCACCGCCAAAUUUAUCGAUCUUCAGCAGGCGCAGCCCACCGAGGACAUUGGGUUCCACGCAAAGGUCCUCACGCUUGCAUCCUGGCCAACCUACGAGCCCCUGGGGCUUGUCGUGCCCAGGCAGGUGGAGCAGGCGCAAGACAGCUUUUUCCAAUUCUACGGAAGCAAGCACAAGGGCCGCAACCUGCAGUGGCAGCACGGCCUGGCCACGUGUAUUUUGUCAGUAAACUUUGAUGAAGGGCCCAAGGAUUUGGCGCUCACUGUGGUCCAGGGCACGGUGAUGCUUCAGUUCACACAAAACGACGAGCUCACCUACACCCAGAUCCGCAACAACACGGGUCUGGAAGACAUUGAGCUCCAGCGCAUCCUACAGUCGCUGGCGUGCGGGAAGCACCGCGUGCUGACAAAGGAGCCGAAGGGCCGGGACAUUGCGAUCACAGACAAGUUUGUGUUCAACGCCCAGUUCAAGUCGCCGCUUGUGCGUAUCAAGAUCAGCCAGAUUCUGGUCAAGGAGGACGACAAGGAGGACAAGGACGUUGAGGAGCACGUCCAGCAAGACCGUAUGUUAAAUAUUGACGCCGCUUUGAUCCGCAUCAUGAAGGCCCGGAAGACCGCUGAGCACUCGGCGCUGAUGACCGAUCUGGUGAACCAGCUCAAGUUCAGCACAUCGUCGGCUGAGGUCAAGGAGAGGCUGGACAUCCUGAUUGAGCGCGACUACAUGAAGCGCGACGAAUCUGACCAGGCCGUUUACCACUAUGUCGCCUGAAUAGGCAUGUGUACUCACUUGUCGUUUGUAUUUGAUAUAAUUAAAUUCACAUUCAUUUCUGCA